AUGUCGAUAAAUGGGUACCAUUCUUAUGUGGAACGUUUGGACCCGAUACAUCGAUCAAAUCCGGCAACUUAUUCUGCAGAACGUGAUCAAACUGCCGUUACUAAUGGUGCUAAAGCUAUAGAAGACACGAAAACAUUGAUGACUAAAAACUGGAUGAGCGGAGAUCCGAAUGAAUCUCACAAGAAAGAAGAAAGUGCAACCCGCUCUAAACUCCACUCCAGAAAAGAUAUAUCUAUAAUCUCCGAAAUUUUCACAGCAAACCUCGGCAUGAUGGCGAUUCAGUAUUUGUAUGGCACGAGGCUGCGAGUUCGCCUCCUUCAGACACUUACGAACUGA